GAGAAAGUAAGCAAUUGAUAAAACGAGAUGACAGAGCUAUUAUUCCAAUGAAAAACAUUAGGAAUAGCACUCCUUUAGAGUAAUACAAGAAUUUCUGCAUCACGUUUGAUAUUUUUCAGAUUCCAACACUUGAUUUCUUAUGGUCAUCUUUUCAAUAGAGGCAUGCACAGUUCUCCAACCCUUCAAAGAUUCAUAUGACAAGCAUUAUUAUGAAUAAUAAUGUGUGAAUGAAGAAAAUAAAGAUUAUUGAGAUCUUCUCGAUCGUCUUUAUUUUUCGCAACAUAAUCUUGUAUGGAACUUUAACAGAUAUUUUUGAGUAUAAGUGAAUAUGUACAAGAAGAAUUAUCCAUCAGAUAUUGAUAUCAAACAUGUACCAAUAAAGUACGGAAUAGGGGAUAUUAUUAUGCAUAAAUAUGUUCAUGAAAAAUGCCACAAUAGUAACAGUAAAGUGUAAGAUCAUAUUAAUGUACCUCGCCACAUCGAACAGAUCAACAUCUGUCUGUCUCCACACUUUGAUUAGCCUCCAGAAUGAGGUUAAGACUACUCAAGUUGCAAUAGUAAGAGAGCCGAUAGCCCAGGCUGUCAGUAGAUUUUCAGUCGCUCCCAUGCUCAAAG